GUCCGUCUCAUCCACGUCGGAAAAGUUUGCCCUCCCUACAUAGCUCUGAGCCACCGCUGGGGCACCAACCUGUCAAAGUACAUGACCGUCUGGGCAAACUUGGCCCAAAAGAAAACUGGCAUUGGCUGGAAUGAGCUGACGCCGACGUUCCGCGACGCUAUCGAGGUCACCCGUCGUCUGAAGCUGCGCUAUAUCUGGAUCGACGCCCUGUGUAUCGUACAAGAUUCCAAAGAAGACUGGGCCAACGAGUCGGUAAAGAUGGGAGACAUCUAUCACAAUGCAUUCAUCACAGUCUCAGCAAGUCAUGCUCGGGACGGGUUCGGAGGCUGUUUCAACACCCAAAGCGCAGUUGGAAUAGGAGAAACCUUUAUCACUAUCACCAACCAGGACCAGUCAUCCGUCAUAUUGACCAGUAUCAUAUCAUCCGAUCCUCCCCGUAUAGUAGAGAAUAGCCCGAUCAAUAGUCGUGGCUGGGUUUACCAAGAACGCAUUCUCUCGCCUCGAAUCGUGCACUUUGCUUCGACUCAAGUCGUCUGGGAAUGUCGCAAGACAUACCGACUCGAGAACCUCAGACCAAUGGCCUUGCCCACAAUUCCUUCCAUGAUUCUUCGGCCAGACACCACGGACAGCGCUAUCAUGGCUGGGCAGUGGCAUAGAGGAAUUGUUGAGACGUACAGUAGGCGGGCGUUUACCAGGUACGACGACCGGCUAGUUGCUCUUGCAGGAAUCGCACAGAUCUAUCAACUGCACAUCAAAGACCAGUACUUGGCCGGAUUGUGGGAGUCUCAUCUGGCUUACGGGCUGUCUUGGGGACACACCCAACGACCGAAUCACAAACCCCAGGGACGGCGACAUCCAAGCUGGACAUGGGCGUCGCAGGAUGGAGAAAUAAGAUGGUAUCCCAUCUCCCACUUUUCUGUCGAUGCUGGGUUCUCUCUAGUAGCGAAAAACCUUGAUUUUGAGCUCACGGCCAGGAAGGAGUUUAGUCCAGUCAAGGGCGGUCACAUCACUGUCAAAGGCCGAGUUGCUCGAGUCACUCGAAUAGAUCCCCUUGGAGACACAGCUUUUGGAGACGUUGAUCUUUACCUGGGAAAUAUCCGGGGGAAAUUCUUUGCGGACGAGCUGCUAGAAUUACCACACAUCUCAUCAAAGCUACCAGAAGUGCUGGCUCUUGCGCUCGGGCACGUCGAUGACUUUGCCUCACAAAGUACGCGAGUGCUCGUACUAGUUAAUGCUGAGCUCGGGAGCACAGGCUAUCGGAGAGUAGGGUACGGAAUAGUAAAUGGGUUUGGAAGUACGACAGCUUGUGUAGAGUUCUGGGGUAAGCAAGCACCACAACAGCUUGAUCUCUAUUAG